AUGACAAACUAUUCUCUGCUAGUUGAGGUUCCAGGGCAAAGGACCCUGCAGCAACUUGCACAGCAAGGCAACAGACUCUGCUUGGGUUUCGGAGUUGGAAAUGACCAACCUAAUGUCAUUGCGUUCAGCUCAAGCCUUGCACCUAAUAUCCAAACCCAGUGGAGUGAUGACUAUGCUAUUGCUGCUACUCAAUCCAGCUUCAUGCCAGGAGCACAAGUUCAGGCGUCGACUGAACCCGAGUCUAUCAGUCCUGGUCAGGCCUACACCUUGAACCCUGAUUUUACAGGCAGUGUCGGUGGUGGUGGACCUCAAGGAGGUUUCCGCUUCAACAACCAGGCUGACAGGGCUUCCCCCGUCCUCUACAGAGCAGUGGGAUUCGAGAGGUCUCCCAUCUACGUCGGCUCCUCGCAACUCCCGAGAGGCGCCAGUCAGGAAAUCCAGCCCGGUAACAAGGUGACCGUCUGGUUUCAGCCCAAUGGGUCCACUGGAACCAUGAUCGAUGGAUUUUAUUCACAGCCCUUUGAAAUUGACAUGUCGGAAAGGACUAACGCCACAGUCGUCUUUAGUGACGAUUUCAGGUGGUCGCUUCAGUAG